AUGGCUACCGUCGAGAAGCCCAAGGAGCAGCAAAAGCAGUUCCAAGUGCCCGAGUAUUCCGAUGAUGAGGACUACGAUAGCGCCGAUGACUACGAAUACUCAGACGAGGAGGAGGAACAGCCUAAGCCCGCUGCUAAGACCCAGCAACUUCAGCGCCGCAAGCAACAACAGCCUCAGCAGCAAGAUGACGAUGACUACGACUCAGAAGAGUAUACCGAUGAAGACGAAUACUCCGAUUACUACCCUGACAACGAGGACUACGAUCAAUUUGGAAUGACCAAAAUGACCGGCGAUACUUCGAUGCCACCUUGGCAGGGCAAUUCCACCGACAUGAACAUUGCCGAUGAGAAGAAGAAGAGCAUCGACGAUGAGGAGGGUAUGAAACUGAAGCUGGAGCUGAAUCUGGAAAUUGAGAUUGAACUCAAGGCUCGCAUCCACGGUGAUCUCACCAUCGCGCUCAUGUAA